CACCAAGAAGAAGCAAUGGCAACCUUGUCUAGUGUUAACCUCGUGACCCCGAGACCCGUCGUCGUAGCCAAUCUGCCGAAGUUCGCAAAGGGUGGCCCCGUCGCGGUCCCGAUUCUUAACCGGCCAUGGAAAAGGGUCUACCGAUUGGGGUCCAGAGGGCUGCGGGGAACCGGACCGGUGAGAGCCGCACCCGAUGGAAUAUCGGAGAAGGUGGAAAAAAGCAUCAAGGAAGCGCAGGAGGCGUGCUCGGACGAUCCGGCGAGCGGGGAGUGCGUGGCGGCUUGGGACGAGGUGGAAGAGCUGAGUGCGGCAGCUAGCCAUGCUAGGGACAAGAAGAAGGAUGACGACCCCUUGGAGAAUUACUGCAAAGAGAACCCGGAGACCGAUGAGUGCCGCACUUAUGAUAAUUGAAAUGCUUGUUUAGUUUUAUUUUGAUGAUGGAAUUAUUGGGGUAGAUUUUAGAUAGUUUCUCUUAUAUGUUGAAUUUAAUAUUUAUUGGUGGUUUUAAUU